AUGACAAUUACUGGGAAAAGAAAUGCAGAAACUGGCCAGAGAAGACGUUCUGUCCUGGUCAGUGUGGAUAGAGUUCUAGAUCCUACUUCUGAAAAAAAAGAUGCUUCAGGAAAAUCCGGGCGUAGAUCUGCUCACUCUAACAAGAGAAUCAACCCAAAUCUGGUUAAAAAUACUCAAACAGAUAACAAUAAGGGUGGCUUAGGCGGAACUGAAAUUUCUUCUAGCCAAUCUUCAAACAAACUUGGCCUGUCGUCUUUAAAUUCAAAUAAUGCACAAAACCGAAAAAAGAAGCCUGAGAAAUCAAAUGGUGGGGAAGGCCGUUGUACUUCUCAGAGUAUUAAUGCAGCUUCAAGUUUGCCUUCGCCUUCAGUACCAUGUUCACCUAUUUCCGCAUCAGCAGUAACUUCAACCCCAAAAUCAACCUCAAUACCAUCUUCCGAUUGUUUAGGAGUAUCAAAAGUUAGUAGUAAUAGGAAUAUUAAGGGCAGAACCAGUAUAAUUAAUGAGAAUAUUACAAGUCCUAUGAAUAUUGCAAGUAAUAGCUUAAGUGAGCCAUCCAGCCAACAUAACAGAAGUGGUUUUUCACAAGGAAUUGUUCAUAAUAAUGCAAUCCCAGAAAGUCAACAAUGCGGUCAAAUACAUGUUCCUUUAAUAGCCCCGAUACCACACCAAUUUUGGUAUAAUCAGUUAAUUCCUCAAGAUAAUAUUGGCCACAUUGUUCCACCUCCUCCAGACUAUUUUCCUGAUUCAAAGACGUCUUCAACUAUCCAAAAGCAGGAUUUACUCCUAUCAGGAGGUAUUUCUUCCGCCUAUCCCCAAUUUAAUCUCAGCUCAAUAGGAAAAAUAGGGAAUAGUUUAAUGGGAGCCACGCCAUCCAUAUUCAACGGCCAAAUCCCAUAUUUUCAACCUUACUCAUUAAGAAGCUAUGAAAUUUCAACACUAAAUGUAAUAAAUUACCUUAUUCCAAAUAAGGAAUUUAUUUUAAAAGUAUCAAGUGUCGUUAAUGAUCUAAGAAAUUGGCUUGAGCAAUCCAAAAUCCCUUUAUUAGUGUUCCCAUAUGGUUCAACGAGUACAGGAUUCGCUGAUCAAUUUUCUGAUGUAGACAUUGCAUUGAUUCCAAAACAGGAUUUAUCUGACAGAGUCAAAUAUGGGGACUCACCUAUAUCAGGUAUCUUCACCAAGCCGCCUGGCCUAAUUUUACAGGAACUUCUAAAUCUAUUACAAAAUAACUCAUUGGAUGUUUUAGAUGCGAUCAGUAAGAAUAAGUCAUCUAAAUCUUGCGAAUGCGUAAAUUCACUAAAGUGUAAUGAAGAUAAUAUCAAAAUGAAGAAUUCCACAUCAUUAAGCCAAUCAGAGAAAAUGCAAAAGCUGCGCAACCCGUUUACAUGUAUACAAGAUAUAACCAGUGCUCACAUUCCAAUUAUUAGGAUGCUACAUACACAUACAGAUAUAGUUUUGGAUAUUUCGAUUGCGCUACCCUCAAAUAAUAACCAGGAUAAAGUUGAAAAGGACGACCAAACUUCAAGUUCCCUACAUAAAAUCCUACCGAUUCAAAAGGCUAAUUCAUUACCCAUUAUUCAAAGUAGGCUUGGGAUCCUUACAUGGUAUGCGAGAAUGGAUCCUAGAGUUGUCCAUGUUGUCGUACUAACAAAGGUGUGGACAAGAUUUCGUGGGCUUAGGAAUACUUUAAAUGGAUUCCCAGGUGGAUAUGCAUGGACCAUUUGUGUUAUAUAUUUUUUCCAAAAAAUUGGAAUACUCCCUGUUAUUGAUGCAAACGAGUUUUUUAUUAAAUCACAUAAUGCAUCAAAAGCAUUAUUUAAGAAUAUAUUAGAAGAUCUGAAUACUGAAAGUGUCCAAAGCAAAGACAAAAUUAAUGAAAGAAAUCCGGCAUUUUCAUCCAUUAGGGAUAAUUACAAAGAAGGGGGAAAGGACAUUUAUUUGCAAAGUGGAAUUGAAAAAACUGAGGGAAUUCCAGAAGAAAGUUAUGUAGAUGGUAGUUUUCCUUCGUUGGUUUCUGAUUUAGACCAAGAAGAGACAGUCGGUUAUAAGGAUGAUAUAGAAGAAGUGUCUAAUGGUAAUUACGACACAGAAACAGCAUCUGGAAGUGUUGGUAUAGCUGAGCAGGCUAUUUCAAGUGAUUCAAGUUUUGAUUCUGAGCCAGAUAAAGGUUCAAUUGAAAAGGAUAGUGCUGGAAGUAAAAUGCUCUAUCUUGAUGUUGUUAAGGGUAGCAAAUUUCAAUAUAAAACAGAUUUGGAGGGAGUUGGAGCUCGUCAUGGUGCUAGGUCUUCUGCAAAUAACAACAGGUAUUCUAUUAGCGAAGAUAGUCAUUUUGAGGGAUCAUUAUUAAAUGUAAGGAACUUAAAUUUAGACAAACCUUUGGAGGAGCAUGAAACGUUUGGUGAAUCUAGCAGAUCUUCAAUUGGAAGCACUGCUUGUACAUAUUCGCCUUCUACUGGAAUAUUAAGCUCAGAUAACAUAUGUAAUAAUUGUACAGACCCAAGAUAUUCUUGUGUUUGCUCUCAACCCAAUACAGUGAAUAUUUCAAAUAUCGAAUAUUCUUUGGAGGGCAUUUGUUGUAGAAAUGGAAUGAAACAAAUAGAAACAAGUAUUAACAAAGAUGGUAGUUUUUCUUCAACUGAUAUUAAGGAUUGCUGUAUAAAUUCCAAUCGGGAGAUAAUAAAGAAAGAAAAAAACGAGUUUAAUUCAAAUUCUGUCAAGAAUAUCUUUGAUAUUGAUGAAUUAUUUAGUAACCCUCCUACUUUAAUUAGCAAUGUGAAAACUUUUGAAGAAUCCAAGUUUCUUAAGUUUUCUCAAAGCCACACAUUAUUUUACAGGUUUCUUAAAUUCAUUGAGACUCAUCUUUGGACCACAGUUAUUGAUAUCAGCUCUCCAGAAAUUGUUAAUACUACAAUUCCAGGUAUUUGUUGUGAUAUUAGAAAUCCUUUUCCGGGUCCGCCUGCAUGUAGGCCUAUUUUUGACGAAAAUAACAAAAAACACCUUCGGAACGAGAUACAAAGAGCUAUUCAGAUUAUCCAAUCACCAUUUGGCGACUUUUCUAGUAUUUGCGGAGGAUAUCUUAACAUAUCCAAUGAUUAUUCCAGAGGUCGUUCUGGAGGGUCUGCAGGGGUAGGAAGUAGUAUAUUGGGGCAGGGUCUUGGUUUACCACUAUCUCCAUCUAAUGUUAAUACUGUGAAACAGAAAAUCUCUUCUCAUCAGCAUUUUGGUGCUUUUGAAGCUCCUCCUCUACAUAUAGUUGGGUAUAACCAAGGUGGUGCCUGUGACCAAAAUAAUGGAAAUAUACUAUUUCCUAGUCAAGUUCCUGUUGCAAAUUUGUAUAGUGAUUCUCCACAGCACUUCAUAUUUCCUUCUAUUUCUGUUCCUCUACAUAUACCGCCACCGCCUCCUCCUCCUCCCCCAAAAAUUAACAAGCAAUCAUCUUCAGUAUUAGGUGUAGCAAGAAGAAAUUCAUUUGAAAGCAUUAAGCAUGCUAAUUAA